CGUGCUGCCUCCAGCUCAAGGACCCGGAUUUAAAGAGACAGGAGCUCCAACCGUCGUGGGCUGCCGGCGGCCUGUAGUGAGCUAGUCCCGAGGCCUGCGGUGAGCGCCGGAGCUGGAGAGGCAGCUAUAUGUCUUUGGCUUUCAAGAUCCCCUUUCCACAAACCCUCCGUGCACUCAGCCGAAAAGAACUGUACCUAUUCCGAGAACAUCACAGGCCUGAUGUAAGACAAUUCAGCCAGUGGUCAGAAACAGAUCUGCUUCAUGGACACCCCGUCUUCCUGAGAAGAAAGCCUGUUCUGUCAUUCCAGGGAAGCCAUCUAAGAUCACGUGCCACCUGCCUUGUUUUCUUGCCAGGGUUGCAUGUGGGACUCUGCAGUGGCCCCUGUGAGAUGGCUGAGCAACGGUUCUGUGUGGACUAUGCCAAGCGUGGCACAGCUGGCUGCAAAAAAUGCAAGGAAAAGAUUGUGAAGGGCAUAUGCCGAAUUGGCAAAGUGGUGCCCAAUCCCUUCUCAGAGUCUGGGGGUGAUAUGAAAGAGUGGUACCACAUUAAAUGCAUGUUUGAGAAACUAGAGCGGGCCCGGGCCACCACAAAAAAAAUCGAGGACCUGACAGAGCUGGAAGGCUGGGAAGAGCUGGAAGAUAAUGAGAAGGAACAGAUAACCCAGCACAUUGCAGAUCUGUCUUCUAAGGCAGCAAGUACACCAAAGAAGAAAGCUGUUGUCCAGGCUAAGUUGACAACCACUGGCCAGGUGACUUCUCCAGUGAAAAGCGCCUCAUUUGUCACCAAUAACAAUUCCCGGAAAUUUUCUGGCUUUUCAGCCAAGCCCAACAACUCUGGGGAAGCCCCCUCAAGCCCCACCCCUAAGAGAAGUCUGUCUUCAAGCAAAUGUGACCCCAAGCAUAAGGACUGUCUGCUACGGGAGUUUCGAAAGUUAUGCGCCAUGGUGGCCGAUAAUCCUAGCUACAACACGAAGACCCAGAUCAUCCAGGACUUCCUGCGGAAAGGCUCAGCAGGAGAUGGUUUCCACGGUGAUGUGUACCUAACGGUGAAGCUGCUGCUGCCAGGAGUCAUUAAGACUGUUUACAACUUGAAUGAUAAGCAGAUUGUGAAGCUUUUCAGUCGCAUUUUUAACUGCAACCCAGAUGAUAUGGCACGGGACCUAGAGCAGGGUGACGUGUCAGAGACAAUCAGAGUCUUCUUUGAGCAGAGCAAGUCUUUCCCCCCAGCUGCCAAGAGCCUCCUUACCAUCCAGGAGGUGGAUGAGUUCCUUCUGCGGCUGUCCAGGCUCACCAAGGAGGAUGAGCAGCAACAGGCCCUGCAGGACAUUGCCUCCAGGUGUACAGCCAAUGACCUUAAAUGCAUCAUCAGGUUGAUCAAACAUGAUCUGAAGAUGAACUCAGGUGCAAAACAUGUGUUAGACGCCCUUGACCCCAAUGCCUAUGAAGCCUUCAAAGCCUCGCGCAACCUGCAGGAUGUGGUGGAACGGGUCCUUCACAAUGCGCAGGAGGUGGAGAAGGAGCCAGGCCAGAGACGAGCUCUGAGCGUCCAGGCCUCGCCGAUGACACCCGUGCAGCCCAUGCUGGCGGAGGCCUGCAAGUCCAUUGAGUACGCAAUGAAGAAAUGUCCCAAUGGCAUGUUCUCUGAGAUCAAGUACGAUGGAGAGCGAGUCCAAGUGCAUAAGAAUGGAGACCACUUCAGCUACUUCAGCCGCAGUCUCAAGCCCGUCCUGCCUCACAAGGUAGCCCACUUUAAGGACUACAUCCCCCAGGCUUUUCCUGGGGGACACAGCAUGAUCUUGGAUUCUGAGGUGCUUCUGAUUGACAGCAAGACAGGCAAACCACUGCCCUUUGGGACUCUGGGAGUGCACAAGAAAGCAGCCUUCCAGGAUGCUAAUGUCUGCCUGUUUGUUUUUGAUUGUAUCUACUUUAAUGAUGUCAGCUUGAUGGACAGGCCUCUGUGUGAGCGGCGGAAGUUUCUUCAUGACAACAUGGUUGAAAUUCCAAACCGGAUCAUGUUCUCAGAAAUGAAGCGAGUCACAAAAGCUUCGGACUUGGCUGACAUGAUAACCCGGGUGAUCCGGGAGGGAUUGGAGGGGCUGGUGCUGAAGGAUGUGAAGGGUACAUAUGAGCCUGGGAAGCGGCACUGGCUGAAAGUGAAGAAGGACUAUUUGAAUGAGGGGGCCAUGGCCGACACAGCUGACCUGGUGGUCCUUGGGGCCUUCUAUGGGCAAGGGAGCAAAGGCGGCAUGAUGUCAAUCUUCCUCAUGGGCUGCUACGACCCUGGCAGCCAGAAGUGGUGCACAGUCACCAAGUGUGCAGGAGGCCAUGAUGACGCCACGCUUGCCCGCCUGCAGAAUGAACUAGACAUGGUGAAGAUCAGCAAGGACCCCAGCAAAAUACCUAGCUGGCUGAAAGUCAACAAGAUCUACUAUCCUGACUUCAUCGUCCCAGACCCAAAGAAAGCUGCCGUGUGGGAGAUCACAGGGGCUGAAUUCUCCAAAUCGGAGGCUCACACAGCUGAUGGGAUCUCCAUCCGAUUCCCUCGCUGCACCCGAAUCCGAGAUGAUAAGGACUGGAAAUCUGCCACUAACCUUCCCCAACUCAAGGAACUGUACCAGUUGUCCAAGGAGAAGGCAGACUUCACUGUAGUGGCUGGAGAUGAGGGGAGCUCCACUACAGGGGGUAGCAGUGAAGAGAAUAAGGGUCCCUCAGGGUCUGCUGUGUCCCGCAAGGCCCCCAGCAAGCCCUCUGCCAGUACCAAGAAAGCAGAAGGGAAGCUGAGUAACUCCAACAGCAAAGGCGGCAACAUGCUGACUGUAAAGCCUUCUGCUGUGAAGGUGGGAGAGAAGCUGGCCAUGAAGUCUUCUCCAGUGAAAGUAGGGGAGAAGCGGAAAGCUGCUGAUGAGACCCUGUGCCAAACAAAGGUUCUGCUGGACAUCUUCACUGGAGUGCGGCUUUACUUGCCACCCUCCACACCAGACUUCAGCCGUCUCAGACGCUACUUUGUGGCAUUCGACGGGGACCUGGUACAGGAAUUUGAUAUGACCUCAGCCACGCACGUGCUGGGUAGCAGGGACAAGAACCCUGCGGCCCAGCAGGUCUCCCCAGAGUGGAUUUGGGCAUGUAUCCGGAAACGGAGACUGGUAGCUCCCUGCUAGGUUUGCUGUCUUCCCUCUCCCUCAGGCCAUACUCUUCUUUACCAUACUACUGGACUGGACUCAGGCUGGAGGCAGGUAGACACAGUAUAGGGGGAAUGGGGUUGCUUCUCCCAAACCCACCAGUCCUCCACGGUCUCUUCUGGACCAGGAAUUAGUUGCUGUGGGUGCCACAACUGAAGUCAGUUUCUCUUGCUGGGUUUAAAUAGAUCUUUCAGGUCUGGGUGCUGGGUUUACCAUCUUUUUUUUUUUUUUUCUUUGAAAAGCAGCUUAGUUACCUUUUUUAUAAAUAAAAUAUCUUGCAGUUGUCUUUGUCCUUUCCCCACCUACACCCCUAAUAAUUUCCCUAGAGAUUAAGGAGUAAAGGCUGGGUUAUGGCAGCUCUGUCCGCAAAGCCUUCUCUCCCGUCCUUGCCUGUUCCUUUGUACUUCCAGGCUCAUUUUAAAGUCGUAUUUAAAGGACUGCCCUCAGAAAUGCUUCCAUUUAGCAGAACUUGUGUUCGGCCGGACACCCUUUGCCAGGAACAAAGCCUCAUGUGAAAGAAAACAAAAUGAACUUUUUUGACUUUCUUCUCUGUGUUCUCCUAUUACAGAGUAAGGAUUCCCAGUUUGAAGGGAGGGGACUAGGGUCAGGUAGGACAAUGGGGCCUUUAUGAAGAAAGGGAAGUUACUUGGGUCACUCCUCUGGAGGGAUAGAGGGCUCCAGGAAGAUCUGCCUCCCCAAAACCUGGAAACAAGACUGUUCUUUAAGAAUAAAAAUCCACGUGGGGCUUGAGGCCAAGAACAGCCCUUGUUGCCACCAACGUGGAGACUUUG